UUAGGUACYUUUCGUUUCGUUCAAGAUGUCGGCAGACAGUCGUGUUUGUGUAUGRAGUACUCUUUUCGUCAUGUUUACAUGAAAAUUUCCGGCCUUUUCCUCUCGUUUGUAAUCGUUUACAAGUAGGCAAGGGUCCACUGGUUAUAGUSCUASCAUUUAMGACCGUUUUCCUCUUCUUCAACAGUUUCAAGUAUGGGCCAAACUUUAUCAGAACCUGUUACUACCAAAGAGACUUCCUCAUGUUCAAACAAGCAAUUCAAAGUCGGGUCAUCCUGUAUGCAGGGCUGGAGAAUAAACAUGGAGGAUGCUCACACUGAGAUUCUGUCUUUGAAAGAGGACAAAUCAGCUGCCUUCUUUGGUGUUUAUGAUGGCCAUGGAGGUGCAAGAGUAGCACAAUAUGUUGGCAAAUUUUUACAGCAUAAAAUAACUGCCCAACCAGCUUGGAGCAAAGGAAAUGUUAGUGAGGCCCUAAAGAGUGGAUUUCUAUCUUGUGAUGUAGAUAUGCUUAAAGAUGAGCAAAUGAAAGAUGAGAUGGCUGGUACAACAGCUAAUGUUGUGGUUAUAAAAAACAAUAAAGUUUAUUGUGCUAAUGUGGGUGAUUCACGGUGCAUAGCCAGUAGAAGAGGAGCAGUAGAACAGCUUUCAUAUGAUCAUAAACCCAGUAAUGAAGAAGAAACCAGAAGAAUAAUAGCUGCUGGAGGUUGGGUAGAGUUCAACAGAGUCAAUGGUAAUCUAGCCCUGUCCAGGGCACUGGGUGAUUUUUGUUUUAAAAGAAAUGAUAAAAAAUCUCCUGAAGAACAGAUUGUUACAGCAAUGCCAGAUGUAAUAACAAAAGAGAUCACCCCUGAUUAUGAGUUUAUAAUUCUGGCAUGUGAUGGUAUUUGGGAUGUGUUAUCUAAUCAAGAAGUAGUUGAUUUUGUUAGAUCAAGAAUAGCUCAGAGAAUGGAACCAGAGCAGAUAUGCGAGGAGCUGUUAACACGGUGUCUAGCACCUGACUGUCAGAUGGGAGGAUUGGGCUGCGAUAACAUGACUGUCAUUCUUGUGUGCCUCCUGAAUUCACAAACUUAUGAAGAACUGUGUGAAAAGUGUACUCAACCAAGUGAUGCUCAUCAGCGGCCUAUCAAYGGCAAGGACAGUGGAUUUUAUUAAUAGAUUAUCAAGUUAUUAUUAGAAGGGUUUAUUUGUGAGUGUUUCAUUUGAAAGAAAAGCAGUAAUGUGUGGUUACUAGUCCUUUCUGUCAAAUAUAUUGGAGAAGGACUGGUAAUUUUAAUUGAUUAUUAUAAGACUGCAAGCAAUAUGUUGUCCACUCUGAUURGUUAGUACUUGGUUCAAUUUUUCAACAUCUUCCAGUGUCCUUGAUGUAAUGUUCUGAAAUAAGAACGAAAGUAAAAUUAGCAUAACAUAAAGAAAGAAACAUAAACCAUUGUAUCAGUAAGCUAUACGAUAUUGUGUGGAAGAUAGGACUAACGAAAACCUAUUCUGAACCAUUUUAUCAUGAUGUGAUCAAUACAGCCUACAUAAAUUUGACUUAUUAUCAGGAUAGGUUUUACAAAAUUCUUCCUCAGAGCCGGCAAUUCAAAAUUCCAUUAAGAAAUAUCUUUUGUUACUAGGUUUAUGACCUUAUUGUUGUUGAUUGAUAUCUUAUAUAAUUGUUAUUGUCAUUUCAGUAUGUUAUUUAAUUGUAAAUCAGGGUUAUACAGCAGUAUUGCUUGUAGUCUUAUAUGACACCAAGUGUUUUAACCUGUGAGUAUAGGCAAUUAUGAUUAAUGCCUAUCAAAUAAUUUCAAAGCCUCAUUUUGUUCUAAAAGGACAAAAAAGUGCUUUUAUAUUUGCACCUAAUUACAAAAAGGCUGUCAUAAAAGGGAGAAUAUUAGUAAUUUACCAAGAAAGGUAAUAAUAAUUCAUUGCAGAAUCAAAAAAGCUCAUCUUAAGAUUGUACACACUACAGUUUAAACAGGAGAAUAGGCUUUUUCUACUUAAGAACCAGGAAAACACAAGCAGAAACAGAAGCACAAGCAUAAGAAAAUGAAAACAUUUUUAUUUUCUUAUGUGUAUACUUAUGUUGAAAAGUUCAUAUGGCAGCACUCUUGCAAGUAGGCAUGUACAACAUUGAUAAAACUUGCAUAUAUGGCAGAUUAUAGGAUCAUAAACAAGCUGAGAUCUCAGCUACAGUGAUGUUUAUAAUCUCCAUGUGAAUGUGAUGUUUCAUGGUUGUAAAAAGACAAUAUCCUGAAAAYAACAAACCUAUAAAAUUCAACAUUGUACUAAAGUCACAGAAGUUCAUUGAUAGAGCUUGUGGCUAGCAAGAUUCAUUAGGGUCUGUUUAUGUGCGAGGGAUUCUCCCUUUCAUUUCUACUUAUUAGUACUCUUGGGAUCCCUGUCUUCUCACAUGACUGCCAGGCAGAGAUGAUACCACAAGGAUCCUAAGAGGACAAAAUGAAGUGGUGUCAGAAGGUUUUCUUUACUGCUCUGUGGUAUUGUUCAUUUUGAAUUCAAAAGAGAGUGCUACUAUGCGGAACAGAAAACCCCACAUUGAAGCUAUUGGCAAGAUUGUUUUGUAGAAAAAAAAAUCAACGAUUUUUAUGGUUUUCUGGAAUUCACUAUUUCCAUAUUCUGGCAUGACCUGUUACGRGGGUCUUUUUGGAAAGAGUCAGAAAUUUUAGGCCAUGUUUUGUUUUUAUCACUUAAAGAGGUUGUCACUUCUCAAUCAACCGGAAAACCAUGCCAUGUGAACGGACCCUUAGACCAUAUCACCUGUUAUAUAUCUUUUUUGGUGUUUUCAAGAUUGAAAUGAAUACUUGUCGCACACAUCAGCUAAUAUUCUGGUUUUAACGAAUUUUUCCGUGUCAAAUGAAAUGAAGUGUGUGUCAAAAAAGGGGAAGAAGGACCACCUCGGUAUGAAGUGUUUAACUUUGAAAUGUUGCUUGUCACCACAUGGAGACUAUUUCCUCCUGUUUCAAUUUUAUCUUGAUUUCCUAUUUUGUCAGCUUUCCUUGUGGCACCAGCGUUAGGCCCAGUUCAUUUGUAGUAUUUGACACGUGCACAAUUCACGCGACUUACCGAUACAUGUGAAAUUCGCCGUUUGGAUAAUUUGAAUUCGACAGUUCCGAAUCAAUWCUCGACUGAGCCAAAUUAAUCAUUUGUUGAUUGUAAAUAGAUUUUUUUUCGUUCGCUUUUAACAAUCUGAUUGACCCGAAAAAAAGUAAUCUUUGUCAAUGAGGAGAUAUUUUUAACAGAGUUAUUGGAAAUUGCGAUAAGCAUUGUUGAAUUGUGUGUUGUAUCAUAUCAGCGAAUUAGUUACUAGUAAUAAUUCAACAUGUAUUGUCUCCAAUUAAUUCUCGAUUGUACAAAAUUAAGGUCGCAGUUUGAAAUUUUGAAUGUCUCUCGAUAACCCAGGAUCUGUUGAGUGGGGACCGCUCGUCCCAAUUCUUGGGUCACUCAAAAAAAAGCUACUGGGUUUUUGGAGAUAAAUGUCUAUUUUAAUGUAGCAAGGCAGUCAUUUGAUUCUUUUUUACAAUAAAACACGUGACGGUUAUCUUUUAUGACUUCAUUUUAAGAUUUACAGCGGGAUUUACAGGCUUUUGAUAGAUUUUGUAAUAUAAAUUACCGAUGUUUGUGUGUUUAGUAGUAAUAUUACUGCGUACAGAUUUCAUUUAGUAAUAUAUACAUAUUAUAAAGUGAAUAAUUUUAUGUUUUAACAAUGUAUUAAAUAUUGUCAAAUAUUUAUAAAAUGAAGUGUUUAAACCGAGCGAUUUGUUGUAAUCAGUUGAUUAGCCAAAUGUCAUCAUCCAAUAUUGACCAGACAUUGACCUUGCUUUUGAUAUGGUUGGUUUUAAGCCCUUCGAACGGUCUUCAAAGUAAUGUCAAAAAAAGAACAUGAAAUAGAUAUUGCAACAAUACAAUAUAACUUAG